AGGCCCCGCCCCCGCGCCCGGGAUGCUGCGCUUGACGCGAGCACGGCGGCUCCGCCCCCUGCGUCUCGGGCCUCGCCGGCCUUUGGGGGAUGGUUCCAUCAUGGCGUCAAUGCAGAAACGACUGCAGAAAGAACUGUUGGCUUUGCAAAAUGACCCACCUCCUGGGAUGACUUUAAAUGAAAAGAGUGUCCAAAAUUCAAUUACACAGUGGAUUGUAGACAUGGAAGGUGCACCAGGUACCUUAUAUGAAGGGGAAAAAUUUCAACUUCUAUUUAAGUUUAGUAGUCGAUAUCCUUUUGACUCUCCUCAGGUCAUGUUUACUGGUGAAAAUAUUCCCGUUCAUCCUCAUGUUUAUAGCAAUGGUCAUAUCUGUUUAUCCAUUCUAACAGAAGACUGGUCCCCAGCGCUCUCAGUCCAAUCAGUUUGUCUUAGCAUUAUUAGCAUGCUUUCCAGCUGCAAAGAAAAGAGACGACCACCAGAUAAUUCUUUUUAUGUUCGAACAUGUAACAAGAAUCCAAAGAAAACAAAAUGGUGGUAUCAUGAACCCAGUGAAGUUAGCCAUGGUAGGUGCUACCUCUUUGGAACUGAUGAUACCUGUUGAUGCCACUAUUAUCAUCCUCCUAGCAGAAGAUAGUCCUACUGAGAAAAUGAGCACUUUGAUCAUUCAGUCUUUGAACUUUAACCUUUGACUGGAAGUGACCUAUAGGCAAUGAAGACUACUUCCUUUUACUGCAUUUUUACUUGUGUGCAUUCUGGGCGCAUGUUGAUCGCUGGUUCAGUCCAAGCAACUGACAUGCUUUUAUUAGUCAUACAGUAUUAAUGCAGGUGUCAGGAAAUGUCAAAUAUAAUUCCAUUUUUUAUUUUUAUUUUUUUAAGCUUUUGGAAAAGUUCCAGGUCCUCAUGUAUUGUGCAAUAACAAUGACUUCCUUGGCGGUUUGGGGACAUUCAUUGCCGGCAAUGGAUGUCAUAACAGGAAAAAUUUUCAUUAACUCCUGCCACCCAGUGAUUAAUGCAUGAUAGGGCCUAUGAAAUGAACUUAAUGGGUCUAGUGGGAUUAUAAAUAAAGUGAGGGAUCCAACAUUACUUUGAAAGUCACCCCAACUCAUUUCUAUUUGGAUUCUAUGCACUGUGAUCCUAAGGUUAACAGCAUGAAUUAACAUGCAUCUUUAAAGGACUGUAAUGAAAGAUCAUUGCAUAUUUAUUGAAUUGUUUAUAUCUGCUGUCAAAUUGUUUUGACGUGGAAGGUUUUGAAGUAACAUUGGCAGAGAGGUACACUAUGUUAUCCCUAUGGUGAAAAUAAAUUCAUUCAUUGUAUAUAGUUCCUCAAUCUUUGAAGUAAAGGUAUGAGUAAUAUAGGGUAUGAGUGGUUUAAUCAAUGCUUUAUUUUGGAAGUAAAAUGGCAGUGGUGAUUAAGCUGCUGCAGUCCGUAAUUUGGGCUUGUUUGUACAUUAAUGAUUUUUCCAAGUAGAGUACACGUUGUUUCGUGCUAGCCAUCAGCAUGAGCCCUACUGCAUAAACACUAUUUCAUUUAUUUAUGUUCGGAAAAUCCAUAAACAUUCUUGUUUGCAAUUUUGUUUCUUUAUGUUUUAAGUCAAGUUUGAAUGUUACAAAUACUUUAAUUGGAAAACUUUUGUCAUUUUUUCUUGUAAAUUUUCUUUACUUGUAAGUAUCAUCCUGUCCUUUAAUCCUGUACCCUAAAAUAAGAAAUACAUUUUUGACAGAGGCUUAAUGUUUUAACAAAAGAGUGUGGACAUUUUUUAUUUUAAAAUUUAGGCAAAGGUGCACUGUGGAAUGGUAUGUUUGCUUAUUUGUCUCACACAACCAUACAGUUACUCAUGGAGAGAUUUGUUUUUCUUGUUUAAAAGACUGCUUACAACUAGAUAAAAUUUUUCUAUAGAAGAAAAUUGUUGAAAGGUCCAAAUCUCAGUACCCUGUAAGUUAAUGAUACUACAACUAGAUUCUCUUUUUAAAAAAGUGGUUAAUGUAUUUUAUAAAUUACCUUUUCACGUAUGCAAAAUCUGUUUCUACUACAAUGUUAUUUUUACUAAUGCCUGUUGUUGCACUCUUUUUGACAUAUCCUGCAGUGAAUUUAUUAAUUGACUUGGGCUUAAAAUAAAAGCCAGUUGGCUGAAAGGUUUGAAAUAAUGUACUCCAGAAAAACCAUCCAAUCAAUAAUUGGCAAAGAAUAUUUUAAAAUUUGUUUUUAAUCUAUGUAUAGAUGACAUUUUGUAGCUUUGUACAUGUUGUUAAUUAAGGGCAUAUAAUUUUACACUCUGAAGUAUAAUUGCUGAACUCAGGGGUGGGUAGACUUCAAAAAUAUGUCUGCUUUAGAAGUAACUUGAAAAAAAAUUAAAACUAUAGCCAGCCACCAAAUUGUGGACACUAUUUAUACUGCUAGUUAGCAAUUACCACUUUUUAAAAUUAAAAACAUUUUUGUUCUGUCUUGACUAGGCGUACAUAAGUUCUCAUAGUAGUCUCUAUCAGUCUUAUUUCUUGGCCUGUUUUAACCAAGAUAGAAAAUGUUCUCUGGGAUGCUUUGAACUACUCUUAGUUUUUAACUGUGUUUUAAUAUGAAAAUUGCAGCUGUAAAUUAUGUAUUUUUCAUAUUUUACAUAACUGCUCUAAACUACUGAUUGACUUGAUCAUUUUGAGGGUUGGGGGAGGGGAGAUUUCAUUCUGUUGUUCCUCUUACUAAAAUCCUUUUAUUAAAAAAUGACCUGUGACAUUUAUUCACCAAAAGAAUUGAUAUACCAGGUGAAAGAUUAACAGUGCUAUACUAUUGAUAAUAGGUCAUGUAUAGCCUCAGUUGAGUUUUUAAAUAUGAAUAGCAGUAUUUUAACAUACCUCUCUCUACAUAGAGACACCAUAAAAAUUGAAAUGAAGCAGAGGAAAGUACAGGAAAACCAAAUAAUUUCAGUACUUUUAUGAUUUAAAGAGAAGAAAUUAAGAUGAAAUAUCCUGAAAUAUGGAAUCACCAACCAUUCAUAAUUUGAAAUCAGAUAACAUCUUAUUUCUCUCUUGAACUUAGGAAUCAUUGAAUAGUCCUUUGCACUUAGAUUUAACAAGUUAAUUGUAAACGUAAGUUACAGUAUUGAAAGACAUAAAACAUUUGUUUACCUGCGGCAUGCUCUGUAGAGGGUUUUGUAAUAAUAAAACAAGUAUCUCUGAUAUGUUGUUGAAGGACAACCAGGAUGUCUAGAGAAAUGUACAUAGGAACAUGCUAUUUCCCUCUUCCCUGCUUCCCUCUGUGGACAGUGUCUGCUGCGUGGGCCUGCAGAAUUUUGCUUUCAUUUAUUGGCAAUGUGUACUUUCUUGUUUUUUAUUUAUUUAUUUAUUUAUUUUAAGGCUGUUUUUCUGGUUUGCCAAAUUCUGUUAGGAAGGUGAUACAUUCAGUUCUUUAUUUUGCAUGCUUAGAUCAGGAACUUGGUGCCCUUUCAAAAUAAAACAAAACUAUUAUGUCAAGUAGGUAUUAAUACUAUAGAUUUUAAAGAGAAAUGGUUUUCAGUUUUUUAACAUAAAUUUUUAAAGGUAAAUUUUAUGGAUGUUCUCUUAAGGAACUUAAUAUUCACUUCUAAAGGACUUGUAAUGUGUAAAUUCCUCCUUUUAGCUAGCAGGGAAAUAAAGCUUUUUUUAAAAUCCCCAUGGUGGGGAAUGCUAAAAAUAGUUUUUCUAUACAGUUCACCUGGACAAAGAAGUUAAUCAUUAUUAACUAGGUAUACAAAUAUUUCAUAUAAAGUAACUAGAAUGGUUUAUUACUCCCUUCUGAAAUUUUAAAAAUAUUAUGUGUGUGUGUGUGUGUGUGUGUGUGUACACACAUAAUUAGAUUCCUGCAGUGGGUAAUAAUUUUUUCAGAUUCUAAAACAGGUAUCUAGUGACUGCUUAAUUGUUCCCAGAUUGCAUCAAAGAUGAAUUGGCAAAUAAUGGAAGUGAGUAGUGAUAUGAAAAUGGUAUGUAACCACAUAUUACUUGUUUCUGGUAAUCAGGUCUUAUUUUUUAAAAAGCCUAUUGUUUUUGAGAAUUGACAUCUCUAAAACUUGUUAAAGCUUCUUCCUAAAAAUAGAAGAAAAGAGGAGGAACUACGUGUUAACUUUUUUUUAAAUAAAGAAUCCAGUGUCACUAGUUCUAAGGCUUUAUGGUUACUGCUGCUUAUAUUUCUCAAUCUCACUUUUAUUUAGUUUUUUUGAACAUGUAUUAGCUGAAUGCUUAUAAUUGUGCAUUUAAGUUGGUUUUUAUAAAGAACUGAGGCUUAAUCAUGUGUUCUCUUCUGAGGAUUCAUUAUUAUCAAAGUCAGCCGCUGUAGUAUUCUGUUUGGCUAAUACCAUUGCAUGAUUAAGCUCUAUGAAGAAGGUGUCUUUUAAUCUGCACCAACUGGCCCUAGUCCUGUAGCAAUCAGGGUUUUUUGUUUGUUUGGUUUUUACUUCUUUUUUUUCCUGUCUCUUCACAGAUAGUAUAGUGUAUCAGUUUUUAGCAGUUUCUGAUUUCUAAGUUUUUCCUCCCUCCUUUUCUUUCUUCCUUCUUGUCCCCUUUAUUUCACUUUUCCUUUCCUUUUCUUGAGUUUAGAAAAUCCAGAGAAGGAAGAUUAUUACAAUUUCUACCUCUCAUCAGAAUUGUUUAAUAAAGACUUCUUCCUGCAAAUGAAGUACACAGAAUUUCUGAUAACUAUGUAAUUGCAGUUUAUCAGAGGAUGGCUAAAUUUGUUCAACAAUUGCUUGAUAAAUGAGCUGUUACCUAUAAUUUAGUUCUUAAAUACUAAUACUGAAGGAAUUUUGUUUACUUUUGGAUGGUGACUUCUCAUAAAGCCUAAUUAUUGUCCAGUUGAAUUAAAUCACUUGUUUUGGUAAAAGUGUAUUUUUAUUUAAGUUUCCAGAUCUCCCUGAGAUUUGAAUCUCUUUGAAAAAUAAUGAUUUGUGGAAGACUUUUGCUUUCUGAGCAUAAGCCAUGCAUUCAUUUAUCAUUGUCAUUAGAGGCCCAUAGAAUUUAAACGUGUCCUUCCAACUACAUCUGUCUCCCUCAAGUUAAAGUUCUGGUUCUAUGGUAUUGACUGAUUUUAAUUUGAAAAAUGUUAAUAUUGGAACUUACAUUUGAGGAUGAACCUUUAGAAUGAUUACAGGAAUAUAUUUUUAUGAAACAUUUUUGUUGAUAAAAAUAUUGAUAUCUGAAGUCAUUUUGAAUAUUGGAAGGAAUGCCAGAAUACCUAAUGAACUCCAUCUUUACAAGUGGAGUGCAGUUGACUGGGAAAAGGGAAAAUAGUUUUUGUUCUGAUUCGUGGCACCUAACAUUGUCAGGUUUUUGAGGAAAUUUUGUUCCUACAGUAUUUCUAAGCUGUUUUCUCAAAGGCAGGAGCAUGAUUUCCAAACUACUGGGCUUUGGCUUGUUCAUUGUGGCAUCACUUAGGUUUCCUGGUACAUGGAAAGAUGAAAUAAUCCUACCUCUCUGGUUAUAAAGCCUGGAACAAGAUUGGAAAGGAAUUUGGCAGAUUGUGUCAGGCACCAUAAAAAUGCAGGUCUUUUCAUAGUAAUCACAGAUUGUUCAUGUAAAUGCAAACUAAUUAUUUGAAUAGAUUAUUAAAUUACCUAAGUAGCCAAGAAUUAAGUGCAUGUGUAAGUCAAAACAGAUUUGUUGUUUUUAGUUCGUACCAUUUUCCUCUCAAUAUUCAGAAAUACAGAUUGUACAUUUUAUUAAUAAAAAUGGAAGCUUGCGCUUGAAAGUUUGAAUAGGAUUGAUGUAUAUAUUUUAUAAACCCAAGUUGUAAAAUAUGUAAAGCUAUGGCUUUUUAAAUAGAAUAUGUGUUAAAAGAUAGAUAAAAACCUAUAUAUUAUAUAUUUUUAAAUACAUGUAUCAAACUUUUGUUAGUUGAAUAUAAAUUACAUUGUGUGCUUCAUGGAAUUCAGUAACUUUUAAUAAUAAAGCAGUUGUCAUUGA